AUGUCAUUGAAUCGUUUACAGGCCAACGGGGCUACUCCUGGUCAGUUAGGGAUGAGUGUACAAUCUCCUGGUGCUGAAAAUCGCUCCGGUGCCAGUUUAAAGGCACCCAAUGCGGCGAUGACGCCGUCAGAAGCCAUGACACCCGCUGAGAAUGAUAGUAAUCUGCGAGAUGUGAGCAAUCAAAGAAUAGAGUUGGAAUCCAUGAUUGGCGAGCUCACAUCUAUUCUAGGGAAAGAUCAAUGGACAAAAUACGCCCAGGUGAUUAGUCUCUUUAUUCUGGGUAAACUUUCUAGGAAAGAACUGUCCAAUGAGCUAGAUCUCCUGUUUACUCCGAGCGCAACAAACACUACUGAAUACAGUCGCUCAUCCCUGAUACGUUUGCAUAACCAGUUGUUAUUAGGUAUAUUUAUCAACUCUUUGAAGGAUUCUCCAUUAAUGGGUAACUUGGCUGAUGGUACUUGGGGAUUCGGGCAUGGUAGUUCACUUGGUAACAAAAUGAAGAGAGCCAACAAACACAAUUCACAGAUAGAAAACUAUAAAAAAAUUGUCAUGUCUUUACCGGCCGAUGACAGGCAGCGACUUAAGGAAAUUACCAAGGAAGCUGGUAAGAGAGGGUUUGUUCUUUCUUCUGUCCUACAGGCGCGUCUAAAUAUAAUACCCAAGAUACCGAUUGUGAUAAAUCCCGAAACUUUGAAGAGAGUCAAAGCGAACAAUUUAAAAACUCCGCUGGAAUGGUCUCAGGAUAUCAUGAAUGGGUUCAACGCACCGCUUGCUACUGAUACUUACUCCCUCCCAGAUACUGAAUCUCUAUUUCUCCGAAUGGUAGGAAUUGCAAGAGAACAUGGUCUAGUUGGUGCCGUAGAUACAGGUUGUGCCGAACUAUUAUCCUUGGCACUGGAUCAUUAUUUGAAAAAUAUAGUAGAGUCGGCGAUCGAUACGGUCAGGUACCGUCGAAAAAAAUAUUCAGAGUAUUAUGAUAUUAAGGAUAGUGGCAUGUAUGAACCGGUGGUGGAAGCUAGAGGAGACGAAUGUGAAGCUGAGAGUCAUCUAAGCACAAAGGUUGUCUCAUUAACUAAUGAGGACCUUUACGAAUGUUUAAAUUUAUUCCCCAAUCUUGUGGAGCCAACUGGAGCGUAUUUCAGUCUACCAAUGGUCAAUUUGGCUAAUGACGAUGAGUUGGUAGUGAGCAGAAGUAGUAUUGACGAUAUGCCGGACUUCUCGGACGGGAAGCCCACCUUCACACCUUUGGACGAACGAAAUAUAGGAACAAGGGAGGAAUUAAAUUGGUUGAUUAAGGAUAUACUUACAGAGGAAUAA